GUUUGAGACCGGAGGAGCGCGCGCUGGAGAGGCAUGUGAUCUAGAGGCGGGGCUGAAGAACGGCGGAGCGCGCGAGCUGCUUUACCACGGAGAGAUGAAAUAUCCAGAACGCUGGUCUGUAAAUGACGGAGCAGGAAGUGGAGGUGAUGCCGAGUGAUGCUGUGGUGCUCCAACACUCGUCCUGUCGAAGAACCUGAACAGGUGACGCGCACGCUGCAGUGACACAUGCGGUUAAAAAUAAAUAAACAACCAGUGAAAAGAUCUGCUUUCGUCUCAAUGACAUCACACCAGCACCAUGACAUCACUGACACCGUUCACUGGAGUUUCACUGUCGAGGCAAUACGGCACAGACAUGGGGGGGAAAAGGGUGUAUUUACAAUUGAACAUAUGCUUCUUCACCUUACCUUUUUCUAUCUAAACUUAAUAUACAUUAACAUUAUAAUGAAAUCAGAUAUUCUAUUCAUGAUGGUCAUUAUUGAAGGCAAACUCAGUGUAGAGAGGCAGGGCUGGCAGCAGCAGCGAUGGUGGUGUGGACAAACACAUGCGAGCCACUGCAGUCCAGCUUCAUAGCCAUCACACACACGUAAUGCAGCCGGUAUGGCCCAAGUGCACACUGAGUACACACUACAGCCGUGAUUCCACCAGAUGUACCACAGUGUGUUUCAGAAGCGGCUUGCCACUUCUCUUCGCUAAAAAUACACACUUGGUCUAUUUUUGUUGCUUGCUGCAUUCAAGCCAUGCAGAGCAGCACAAAAAAUCAAGCAGAAAUGACCAAAUAAAGUCAAGAAAAUUGGACCAGCAAAAGUUCCAAUUCUGAAACACUCUCGGUCUGGGAUGAAGCCACGCAGAAAACAAAACUGUGUCACAGACGCAAUCUAAAGGCGUCUGCAUGCUCUUGCGACAGGGCUUUCGCAGAUAGCUUUUCGCAGACAGUUGUAAUUUAUCGUUGAGCGGGGAGUAAUAGGCGUGCGCGAUGUUAUUCACCGCCACAACGCAAGGGGGCACGAAGUCACGAAAUCGCUAGGAGUAGUUGGUGGGUGUGGUUAGUGGAGUGUUUAUCCUCCGGUUACUUAUAAUGACUGGAACUGGAGUCGUAUAGAUGUACGUACUUCCUCACUUCCUCGAUCAACCGCUCUUUGUGCUGCUCCAUCUUCGCUCGUGUUUUUAAAAAUGGCGGUCGUGAAAACAAAACAAACCGGGAAAGUAGGGAAGCGGAAGUGCGUGUACAGCGGAUGUAGAGUGGACCAAUCAGAGCCCUCUUGUCUGCGACGCUGUCUGCGAGGCUGUCUGCGGUGGUCACAAUUUUUGGGAAGUGCGCGCAGAGCGUCUGCAAACGGGGGGGGCUUCGCAGACGCCAUCUGCGAGGACUGGGUUGUCAGCAUAAAUUGGCCUUAAGCCCUGUGAUGACCUGGCGACUUGUCCAGGGUGAACCCCGCCUUUCACCCGUAGUCAGCUGGGAUAGGAUCCAGCUCGCCUGCGACCCUGUAGAACAGGAUAAAGCGGCUACAGAUAAUGAGAUGAGAUGAGACGCAAUCUAACAGAACUACACUCAGUGAAAUCCAGGGGUGAGGGUGUUUCUCAAAGUCAGGGGUGUUUCAUGUUUUCCUUUUAGUGUUCUGAGAUUGUAUUCAACUUGCUUGGGCCUCUCAUUGCUGCUUGAAGCUAUAUUUAUUAUUUUUUAAAUAAUAAGAAUGUAUAUUAUUUUUUUGAAAUGGUGUACUGUUUAUGGGAGAGCAAGCUCACUUUGUUGCCUCUAACUUACUGUAGCAGAUUGUAAUUCCAUUUAUGAUGCUGGCAAAACCAAAGUUAAUUCUCACACCUAAAGUAAUCAUUUACAGUAUUUAGCAGAUGCCCUUAUCCAGGGAAAUUUACAGAAGUGCUUUGAAGUCUAUAAAUAAACACAUCCUCAUACUGGUUCAAAAGGUCACUAACACAUCAGUCUAAAAACGGUUUUGGGUUCGAGUUAAAAUAGUAUAAAAAUACAUGACAAUGACACUUCUUUAAAAUCAGUGGCUAAAUUGCUAAUUGCCAAAAAGGAGGAUUGUUUUAUUUUUCAUGAGUCAUCCUGUCAUUCUCACACUUAUUUCUCUCCCUCUCUCUCUCACUCACACACACAAUCAUGUUUUAAAAAAAUGUGUGUGCAGGUGGGGGAAGUGUGUGAGCUGAGUGCACUACAGCACCCCGACUUUCAGAAUUCCUUUAACUACAACCGCUAUAAUAAUAAUAAUAUUAUAAAUAAAUAAACAAGCUUUAAAAUGGAGAUUUUGAGAAGUUUUUGUUCUUGCAGCACAGUGAUUUUCCAAAGAUUAAAGAUUUUAAUUUAUUAACAAACAACACGUGAGACACGUUUAACACUUUAAAAAAAAAUGUUUUGGUAAUAUGAUAAGUUGCAUUUGUUUUUUUUAGAGAGAUUGAAAAUGAGAGAAACUGGUGAAGAACGGCUGUUUAUCGCUGCUAUAACUGAUAAAUGGCUGUUUAUCGCUGCUGUAACUGAUAAAUGGCUGUUUAUCGCUGCUGUAACGUAAGUGAGAACAGGAACGAACUCAUCUCUCGAAUGUUCAAAAACAUCAAAUCUCACUGUAAACUGUUAAAAUGUGUGAUGUGGACUACUGUUAAGGUGAGACAUCAUAACGCACACCACAUGUAUACUGCGUAAAACUCCAGCAGCCUCAGUGUCAAACAUCAUUGUGUGUCCCUUGUGUUCAGUGUGUGUGUUUGAGGUUUGUUAAUCAUGUUUGGUGUGUAGCUGGUGAAUGUGUGUGUUUGAGGUGUGUUAAUUGUUUUUGUGUGUUUGUUGUGUGUGUAGCUCACACUGUGAUGGCAGGGGGGGACGUCUGCUCCGUGGUGAACCACGUGAUAGAUGCGUUAACAAUAGACGAGUGUAAAACGCUGAUGUUUCUGACUUCUGACCUUCUCUUUGGGCAACGAGUGGAGGACGCACGAUCAGCACUCAUCGCCGUGGUAACGCGCAGUGGUCAAUCACGGCCUGCUGACGUCAUCAUGAUGGAAGUAUUGUUUCACCUAAAGCGCUUUGACAUUCUGAAACGGAUUCUGGGAAAAAACAGAGAGCAGGUGGAGGAGGAACUGAGGAGGGGCGGAGUCAUCUCACCUUACAGGGUUCUAAUGAUGGAUCUGAAUGAGAGUCUGGAGACAGAUGAGUUACAGUCAAUCAUAUUCCUGCUGUACAACAAGAUAACAAAAAAACGAGCAAAGCAGAUAACUAGUUUUUUGGAUGUGGUGUGUAUGUUAGAGCAGACAGGAGAGGUGUCAAGUGUGAAGUUGGAGCUGAUUGAAGAGUGUGUGAGGAGCAUCAGGAGAAAUGACCUGAUCAAAAAAAUUCAGUCAUACAGAGUGUGUGAGACAGUGGAGCUCUCGGUGUGUCAGACUGGAGUUCAGCCCGUUCAGGUUCCUAUCCACGAAUACAAUAUGAACUAUGAUCUGCGGGGUGUGUGUGUGAUUAUAGGCUGCACUGGCAGUGAUGGAGAGCUGCUGAAAUACACAUUCAAGCAGCUUGGCUUCCAUGUGUUUCCUUACACACAGACAGAAGUGUGUGAAGUAUGUGAAGUGCAUUUAAUAAUGAAGACCAUCAACCAGAACUCAAUUCUCCAAAGAGCUGCUGUGUUCAUCUGCUGCCUGCUGAACACCCACAUACAUGCUUCACACACACACCCACUGAACACACACAUUAAAUUGAUGGAGGUGUGUGUUGAGUGUGAAAUGCUGAAAGAGAAGCCCAAACUAUUUUUCAAUCAUAUAGUCAGAUCAGAUCAGACUCUUCAGACUGAUGCACUGCCCUGCACCACACACACUUGGCACACACACAUUCCUCACACACAUCUACUACACAACACUGAGGAUGUGCUGUGGAGUAUGUGUGAGACAAGGGUGGAGCUUCUAGAUGGGGAUGAACACAGCUCUGUUUACCUGCAAGCAAUAAGCUCUGCCCUCCUGCAAGGUCACACCAGGAAGCUUCAUGUGCUUGAUGCCCUCACUGAAGUUAACCAAGAGAUUUUUGAACACAACCAGAGAAAUCCAGAGAACAUGCAUCACCUCACGUUCACACACACACUGCGCAAGAGGCUGUAUCUAUAACACACUUGCACAAAAGUCUGUACCUAUAACACAAUACAGAAUAUAAUGAACUCAUAUUCACAUAAAACAGUGCCAUUAAUUCAAUACAUUUUUAUUUGUAUACCAUUUUUAACAACAGACACUGUCACAAAGUGGCAUGGUGGUGUAUUGAUUAGCACCAUUGCCUCACAGCAAGAAAGUUCUGGGUUCGAGCCCAGUGGCCGAUGGGGACCUUUCUGUGUGGAGUUUGCAUGUUCUCCCUGUGUCUGUGUGGGUUUCCUCUGGGUGCUCCAGUUUCUCCCACGGUCCAAAGACAUGCAGGUUAGGAUAAUUGGCGGCUCUAAAUUGACCGUAGGUGUGAAUGAUUGCGUCUCUCUGUGUGUCAGCCUUGUGAUGAUCUGGUGGCUUGUCCAGGGUGUACCCUGCCUCUCACCCAUAGUCAGCUGGGAUAGGCUCCAGCUCGCCCGCGACCCUGCACAGGAUAAGUGGUUAUGGAUGAUGGGUGGAUGGACAUUGUCACAAAGCAUCUUUACAGGAAAAUGUAAAUUCUGGAUAUAAAUUUUAAACAUAUGAAUUUAGAAAUAUCAGUUUAUCCCCACCAAUCAAGCCUGAGGUGACGGUGGUGAGGGGAAAAACUCCCUGAGCCCACAUGAGGAAGAAACCUUGAGAGGAACCAGACUCAAAAGUGAACCCAUCUCCAUCUGGGUGAUAACAGAUAGCAUGAUUAUAAAUAACUCACUUCUAUAACUGUGUCCUAUAGAGUCACAAAGUACAACUGUGUCACCAGGAAAUUCAUUAUAGUUUAACAGGAAGUCUUUUGUUAAAGUUAUAAACUGUUCACUGAUGGAGACUUGAGUGUAAAACUGUUUAUGGCAACUGCAGUCCUAAAGUUAUCAUGGGGAUUAUCAUCCUAAACCAUCAUCGCAAAACUGUAUCAAUUGCAGUCCAGAACCAUCUUCUAAGUGUAUCUUUAGUCUGUCCAUAUGGGGCCAUCCUCCACAGGAGUGAAGUGAUGAGAAUCUUAGUCAGAAGCAGGGCAUCAGGAUGGAUCAGGGGGCUGUACACAUGGGACCAUCCUCUGUUAAUACUGCGCUUUUCCUUAUUCUAAAUAUACCAGCACAUUUUUUUUAUAUACACAGAAAGUGAAAUCACAAAGUUUUUCAGCUAAAAGAUGUAGAGCAGGAUUGUAUCUCAGAGAUGUAGAGCAGUCUAUUGCACAGUGAUGGAGAACUGUGAUGUAGUUAAGAGGUAUAGCUCAGUGAUGGAACUCUGUAAUUUAGUUCAGAAAUUAAACUCAUUAAUGCAUAAUUAACUUCAUUUUACCAUAAGACUGUUUAACAUAUAUAGAGACAUUAACAUGGGCAGCUAAAUAAUAAUAAUAACCAGCUAAUGCGAAAAGAGGAUUAAUUACUAUCAGUAUGUAGUGAAUACAAAUCACAUGAAGCUGUCAUUUAUAACUUUUUUUUUGUAAUAUACCUUGUAGAAUGUCAAAAAGCCAAA